AUGGCUGCUUCUGGCUCGGGCCGGGGGGCGGAGACAGUUUACCGAAACCGCGAUGGCAAGCGGAUCGAGCGAGAGGAAUGGGUCGACCUGCAGCAGAAGAAAAGGAAAAAGCGAGUCUCCGAGUACCCAGAGCAGGAGUUGGAGUGGGGAGGCGGCCUAAAACAGCGAAACAACACGGAGGAGGAAAAAGCCGAGAUCUCGCGUAUCGCAGCACAACCUUUCGCUCGCUUCGAGCCGGAUGAGAAGUACAUGAAGGAGCUGAAAGCCAGGCAAGACUGGAACGAUCCCAUGCGCAAGUUUGAGGAGCAGGAGGUGACGGCACCAACGCUCCAGGGCAAGGCAGCGGCAGAUGCUCAACCUCGAGCUGUAGAAAGGCCGAAAUGCCCGCACCCGCCAUGGCAAAAUCGUUACGAGAUCCUUCCGGGAUACCGCUGGGACGGCAAGGUCCGCGGCAACGGCUUCGAGAAAGAGUACUUCCACACCAAGAACACGAGGGAGUUUGAGAGAGCAGAUGCCUGGCGCCGCGAAAUGGCAAACGACGACAACUGA